AGUUUGUUUGAGCAUUGAAUGUUUUCUUUAACCGAAACGAGAUGAAUUGGGUAAAACUCAUCCUAGUCGUUUUAGUACUUACUAUAUCUUGUAAAAAUUCGUCUGCCCAGUCUGAAGAAGAUUCUCUAAGAUUGGCAUGGGCAGUGAGGCGCCUUGUAAGGCCAACUGACUGCAAUUCCUCUUCAACGGAUCUAGGGCCACCACGUAACUAUUAUCCAGCGAGACCCGGUAAAAUUGGACCCGUUGGUCCACCUGGCUGCCCUGGUGAGGCUGGGCCGAAAGGCGAAGCAGGAUCAUGCGUAUGUAAUCGAACCGAAACAAAUGAUCUAAAGCAGAUGAUACAGAAUCUUGAAGAUAAAAUAAGUACUAUGGAGUAUCAGAUGCCGGAAGCAUUUUGUCUGCUUGGAAUGAAGAGUGGAAUGAUACCUGACAGUGCAAUAACUGCGUCUUCUGUACAUUCUGCAUCCUAUUGCAAGUUAGCAAAUGCAAGACUAGACCAUCACGGUGCUUGGUGCGCGGUUGCAAAUACAAUUGGGAGUCAGUGGGUUGAAGUAGAUCUCGGCAAGAUUCAAAAAGUGACGGGAGUUGUUACGCAAGGUCAAGGAAAUUAUCCAAACACAAAUGAAUGGAUUACAAGUUUCAAAAUUGAGUAUGCUACCAGAGAGGGAUCAAGGACAGCGUUAACAGAAAAUAAUAAUUACAAGGUUUUCUCUCCAGUCAAUUUCAAUAAAAAUACAAUAGUAGUGACGAGAUUCCCAGAACCCAUACAAGCGAGGUACAUCAGAAUCAUUCCUGCUUCAUACCAUAGUCACAUGUCGAUGCGUUUCGACGUCAUCAAUUGUUAGUAGAGCUGGUCUAAAUGAAAUUGAAUAUUGCCUCAAAAUUGAAUUUAAUCUGCAAAUAUUUCAGUUAUUUACAAUUUUACAACCCCAACAGCAUAGGUUUUACCUUGUUGAAUACUACUGAUAAGUUGGUCCUCAACAUUGCAAACUUAAUACUUUUCAUUGUCAUCCUUGGCGACCCAAGGUCAAACCAAGAUCA